UCUCUCUCUCACACACACAGAGACACAAGACACACACAUACAAACGCUUAAUUCGGAGCUUGUUUGAAGUUCCGGCAAAACACAACAAAACAAACAAUACAUAUCUGUAAUGAUUCCUGCUUCCGGCGGUUCGUCCUAAGCUCAUAUUAGUGUCUAGACAACAACAUCAUUAUCCUUUACCUUUUCUUUACAAUAGAUAAUAAUAAUUUUUUUUUAUUAAUUCAGGUGAUCUCGAUAAGUUCUUGGAAUAAUUAGGGUACAAAAUUUUGUUUCACAAAGUUGAGUGAAAGAUGUCAUCAAGAUCGCCGAAAGCAUUAGAACUGCAACAGGGAAGGGGUGCGAUUCCUUCACAAGUGACUUUUGCUAGGAGGACUUCUUCGGGACGUUAUGUUAACUAUUCAAGAGAGGAUCUUGAUAGUGAAAUUGGAAGUGGAGAGUAUAUGAACUAUACUGUACAUCUGCCUCCUACACCUGAUAAUCAACCCAUGGAUCCUUCGAUUUCGCAAAGAGUUGAAGAGCAAUAUGUUUCGAAUUCACUUUUUACUGGUGGGUUUAAUAGUGUAACACGUGCGCACUUGAUGGACAAAGUGAUUGAUUCUGAAACUAGUCAUCCUCAAAUGGCUGGUGCAAAAGGGUCUUCUUGUCAGAUACCUGGAUGUGAUGGAAUUGUUAUGAGUGACGAGAGGGGUAAUGAUAUCCUUCCGUGUGAAUGUGGUUUUAAAAUAUGUCGAGAUUGCUAUGUUGAUGCUGUGAGAACUGGUGACGGGAUUUGUCCGGGCUGUAAAGAUCCGUAUAAGCAGACAGAUCUUGAUAUGAACAGUGCUGAUCCUCGACAGCUUUUAUCUCUUCCAUCAAACGUUCUGAAUUCCAAAAUGGAGAGGAGGGGGUCCUCAAAAAUGGAGAGGAGGUUGUCUUUAAUGAAGACAACAAAUAAGUCAGCUUUGGUAAGGAGUCAGACAGGUGAGUUUGAUCAUAACCGUUGGCUGUUCGAGACUACUGGGACAUACGGUUAUGGCAAUGCAUUUUGGCCAAAAGAUGACGGAUUAAGUAAGGAUAGUGAUGGGGUAACAGGUGCUGAACAACUAGAGCUUCUUAACAAGCCGUGGCGACCUCUUACUCGCAAACUCAAGAUUCCAGCUGCUAUUAUAAGUCCUUAUCGGCUCCUAGCUUUGAUCCGGUUGGUGGUUCUUGGCUUAUUUCUGCAUUGGAGAAUUACUAACCCUAAUGAAGAUGCAAUAUGGCUCUGGUUCAUGUCGAUUAUUUGUGAAAUCUGGUUUGCAUUCUCGUGGAUUCUCGAUCAACUUCCUAAACUUGCACCUGUUAACCGUGCUACCGAUCUCAACGUUUUGAAAGAAAAGUUUGAAACACCGAGUCCUGAAAACCCGUCAGGAAAAUCUGAUCUUCCCGGGGUGGAUGUGUUUGUUUCUACUGCUGACCCAGAAAAAGAACCACCUCUUGUUACGGCAAACACUAUUUUGUCUAUUCUUGCUGUUGAUUACCCUGUGGAUAAGCUAUCUUGUUAUGUAUCUGAUGAUGGUGGCUCUCUUUUAACUUUCGAAGCUAUGGCAGAGGCUGCUAGUUUUGCCAAUAUAUGGGUGCCGUUUUGCCGGAAACAUACUAUUGAGCCGAGAAACCCAGAGUCUUAUUUCAGUUUGAAAAAAGAUCCUUAUAAAAAUAAGGUGAGGCAGGACUUUGUUAAGGAUCGCAGGAGAGUAAAACGUGAGUACGAUGAGUUUAAGGUCCGCAUCAAUGGGCUUCCUGAUUCUAUUAGGAGACGUUCUGAUGCUUAUAAUGCUAGAGAAGAAAUUAAAGCCAUGAAGCUUCAAAAAGAAACUGCUGGUGAUGAACUUUUGCAACCUGUGAAGAUCCCUAAAGCAACAUGGAUGGCAGAUGCAACCCAUUGGCCCGGUACAUGGAUGAUACCAUCUCCAGAACACUCGAAAGGUGAUCAUGCAGGCAUCAUACAGGUAAUGCUGAAGCCACCCAGUGAUGAUCCAUUAAACGGGACAGAUGAUGAAGAAAGCCCGUUUGAUUUUACUGAAGUUGAUAUUCGACUUCCCCUUCUGGUAUAUGUUUCUCGUGAAAAACGUCCUGGUUAUGAUCAUAACAAGAAGGCUGGUGCCAUGAAUGCUCUUGUUAGAGCCUCGGCCAUCAUGUCUAAUGGCCCGUUCAUGCUAAACCUUGACUGUGACCAUUAUAUAUACAACUCCGAAGCUAUACGAGAAGGAAUGUGCUUCAUGAUGGACCGAGGUGGAGAUCGGAUCUGUUACGUUCAGUUUCCACAGAGGUUCGAAGGAAUUGACCCUUCUGAUCGUUACGCCAAUCACAACACGGUUUUCUUUGACGGAAAUAUGCGAGCUCUUGAUGGUCUUCAAGGUCCAGUGUAUGUUGGAACUGGAACAUUAUUUCGCAGAACUGCACUUUACGGGUUUGACCCCCCUCGGUCCAAAGACCAUUCAGGUUUUUGCAGUUGUUGUUUUGGUAAGCGCAAGAAAAACUCUGUUGCUUCUGCAACUGAUGAAAACCGAGCUUUAAGAAUGGGGGAUUCGGAAGAGGAAGACAUGAAUCUUUCUUUAUUCCCGAAAAAGUUUGGAAAUUCAAGCUUAUUGAUAGAUACAAUCCCGUUGGCAGAGUUUCAAGGGAGGCCCCUUGCUGACCACCCUGCUGUUAAAAAUGGUCGACCUCCCGGGGCACUCACGAUUCCUAGAGAGCUUCUUGAUGCAUCUACUGUUGCUGAAGCAAUUAGUGUAAUCUCAUGUUGGUACGAAGACAAAACCGAAUGGGGAAAUAGAGUUGGUUGGAUUUAUGGAUCUGUAACGGAAGAUGUGGUAACGGGAUACCGUAUGCAUAACAGGGGAUGGAGAUCGAUUUAUUGUGUUACUAAAAGAGAUGCCUUCCGUGGAAGCGCCCCGAUUAAUCUUACUGACCGGCUCCACCAGGUGCUUCGGUGGGCCACUGGCUCUGUUGAAAUAUUUUUCUCGAAAAACAACGCCCUUUUAGCUAGUUCAAAAAUGAAGUUCCUUCAAAGAGUUGCAUACCUGAAUGUUGGCAUCUACCCAUUCACAUCCAUCUUCCUAAUUGUUUACUGCUUUCUUCCCGCUCUUUCUCUUUUCUCGGGUCAAUUCAUUGUUCAGAGUCUGGAUGUGACAUUCCUCGUCUACCUUCUGGCCAUUACCGUAUCACUCUGCAUGCUGGCUGUCCUGGAGAUCAAAUGGUCUGGUAUUGAGCUAGAAGAAUGGUGGAGAAAUGAACAGUUUUGGCUCAUUGGAGGUACCAGUGCCCAUCUUGCUGCUGUACUUCAAGGUCUUUUAAAAGUGGUUGCAGGAAUCGAGAUCUCGUUUACUCUAACAUCAAAAUCAGGUGGUGACGAUAACGACGAUGAAUUCGCGGAUCUGUAUAUCAUCAAAUGGUCGUCUUUGAUGAUACCACCAAUUGUGAUUAUGAUGACCAAUCUAAUUGCUAUAGCAGUCGGGGUGAGCAGAACAAUAUAUAGUGCUGUACCACAGUGGAGUCGCCUUUUGGGAGGGGUGUUUUUUAGCUUUUGGGUUUUGGCUCAUUUGUAUCCUUUUGCAAAGGGGCUCAUGGGCAGAAGAGGGAGGACACCCACGAUUGUUUUCGUUUGGUCAGGGUUGAUUGCAAUUACAAUCUCGCUUCUAUGGGUUGCUAUUAAUCCACCUGAUGGUGCAAAUGAAAUUGGAGGUCGUUUCCAGUUUCCUUGAUAUAAUUGUUAGAUUUGUGAAUUAGGAUGGUAUAUUCUUUGUUUGUACUGUUGAGUUUUAUGGUGGGUUUAGGGAUCUCUACAGAUAUUUCUUCAUUUCUUUGUACUCUUGAUAGACAUUGAUGCAAAAGAGUUGUUAAUUUCCUUUAUUGUUUUA